AUGUCACGUAAUAAUAAUUAUCAACCAAUAGAAGAAAUAGCUUCUUCAAUUUCAUCAUCAACUAAAGAUCUUCUUCGUACUCAACAGAAAGAUAUUGUAUGCAAUGAUUGUGGUGGAAUUUCUGCAACUAAAGUUCAACAUUUAUUAUCAACACUAGAAGGUACAACACAAUUAUUUAAUACAACAUCAUCAUCAAAUAAUAUUAUUGAAAAUACAACAAAAUUCAAUAAUAUUCAUCGAAAAACAAAUUAUCAAUUAAAUUCAAAAAACAAGAAAAAAACUUCAGCACAUAGUAAUAGUAAAAAAUCUUCAUUACGACGAACUACAAAAAAUAAUAAUAAUAAAAAUAAAACUAAUAAAAAAAAAAUUCAACAUUCAAAUAAACAACGAAAGUUAAGUAUUAAUCGAAUUCGAUCAUCAAUAUCAUCACAAUAUAGAAAUAAUAAAAAUCGAUCAAAAUCAAAGAAUAAUAAUACAAUUAAAAUCAAAAAAUCAUUAUCGAAAAAAAACUAA